UUUUUGUCCCUGUUGUCGCUGCUGUCGCAGUUGUCACUGUUAUCACUGUUGUUGUUGUUGUUGUUGCUGUUGUCACUGUUGUCGCUGUCGUCGCUGUUGUCACUAGGGAGUUUAAGAUACGGCGACUACGGACUACGGCUACGGUUAAACAUGCUACUGCGCAUGAUCAAAACCACGUGACUGUUCAUUUUUCCCACGAAUUCCUACGGCUACGGUGAGUUGUUGAGCUGUUUCGCAUAGUCGGGACUACGGAGAACAUUUUGGUCGUAUUUUGCCGUCUCGGUUAUUCAAGAAUCUCGUCUUUUCGUAAAAAAGUUUUCAAUUCACCUGCUUUAAGUGAGUACAUUUUUAUCUAGCUAAGCUUAGAAUUCAGAUUGACGGCCGAGGAGAAGAGAAAUCAUGCAGGUAAUUUACUUUCUCUUCGCACUUGAAAAGUUUCAAUGUUUGUUCGAACUGAUCAGGGUGUCUUUCUACUUGUGUAACCUUUGUUUAUGCGAGUUUUUGUAUCGCUUUUGCUGAAGGAAAAUGAUGUAAACAUCUUCGAGACAAUCGAAACUCGGCAUUUCAAUACUUCAAACUAGUACUUCAAACAGUAGUCGGUGAAGUCCAUCUUCUAAAUCUAAUAAAUGAGCUGUGACUAUUUCUGUCUAUUUCUUUAAUAUUUGACAUAAGUAUUCAUGGGCGAAAAAAAAUAAAAACUGUGUAACCAAAACUUUGUUCACCAAUUUCACCCGACGUAAUUGCUUCUUUCAAGUAUGGAAGAAUUUGUUCAUUGUUCUAAAGAUAAGAUCACAUGCAAAACUGACUUGCAUUUUUGUGAACUGUGAUGAAAACAAGAAAAUCUUUGCGUGUUGUUUCCCUCUCCGCCUCUUCUCUCGUAGUCUACUGUCUGAAGUGCAAUCUUAACGUUCUAUAUUUGCACGCGACUCAACCCAGUGCUACAAACAAAGGACAACGCUCAUCCAGCCGUUGUUCGUAGUCCGUAGUCUCCGUAUCUUAAACUCCCUACUGUUUUUGCUGUUGUCACUGUUGUCGCUGUUCUCGCUGUUGUGACUGUACUGUUGUCGCUGUUGUAACUGUUGUCGCCGUUCUCAUUCUUGUCACUGUUCUCAUUGUUAUCGCUGUUCUCACAUUGUCGCUGUUGUCACUAUAGUCGAUGUUAUUGCUAUUUCGCUCUUGUCCUUUUUGUCACUGCUGUUGCUGUCUACACUGUUGUUGCUUUUGUCACUGUUGUUGCUGUUGUCAGUGUUGUCGCCGUUCUCACUGUUAUCACUGUUCCAACGGCUCCCCCUGUAGUCUCUGUUGUCACUGUAGUCACUGUUGUCACUGUUGUUGCUGUUGUCACUGUUAUCACCGUUGUCACCGUUGUGUCUGUUGUCGCUGUUGUCACCGUUGUCGCUGUUGUGUCUGUUUUCACUGUUGUCACCGUUCUCACUGUUGUUGCUGUAGUCGCUGUUGUCACCGUUGUCACUCUUGUCACUGUUGUCUCUGUUGUUACUGUUGUCGCUGUUGUCACUGUUGUCGCUGUUGUCACUGUUGUCACUGUUGUCGCUGUUGUCGCUGUUGUCGCUGUUGUCGCUGUUGUCACUGUUGUCGCUGUUGUAACCGUUGUCGCUGUUGUCACUGUUGUGGCUGUUGUUACUGUCGUCGCUGUUGUCACUGUUGUUACUGUUCUCGCUGUUGUCACCGUUGUUACUGUUGUCACUGUUGUCGCUUUUGUCACUGUUGUCGCUGUUGUCGCUGUUCUCACUGUUCUCACUGUUGUCACUGUUGUCACUGUUGCCGCUGUUGUCGCGGUUGUCACUGUUGUCACCGUUGUCACUGUUGUCACCGUUGUCGCUGUUGUUACCGUUGUCGCUGUUGUCACUGUUGUCAGUGUUGUCGCUGUUGUCACCGUUGUCGCUGUUGUCACUGUUGUCGCUGUUGUCGUUGUUCUCACCGUUGUCUCUGUCGCUGUUGUCACCGUUUUCGCUGUUGUGUCUGUUUUCACUGUUGUCACUGUUGUCGUUGCUGUCACCAUUGUCACUGUUAUCACUGUUCUCGCUGUUGUCACCGUUGUACCUGUUGUCACUGUUGUUGCUGUUGUGACUGUCGCUCUUUUUACUGUUGUCGCCACUGUUAUCACUGUUGUUGUUGUUGUCGCUGUUGUUACUUUUUUCACUGUUGUCGUUGUUUUCACC